AUGGUGUUCUCGUUCUCUCUCCCCACCACUUCCCACCUCUCCUUUCAGUCGUACCUCAUCUCCCCCACCCACCCGUCGCUCCCUUCUUGCGCCUCAACAGCCCGUCACGCCCUCCGCGUCGCGUUAAAGAAACACAAGGCCACUUUACCCUCGCAACGUGCAGCACACCUACCGCACAUCCUCAAGGCAUUGAAUGAAUACAUCCCCUACUUAUUCGCGCUCUCGCGGGGUCUAAGCUCCAACCCCGCUUCCGGCUCCGGCGCUGAGAAUGAAGAUGUCGACGUUGUCCUACGAGCUGAAAUCGAGGUGGAAUGGCGUGCGACUCUAAGUUCGCCGGCGUCGUCGCUACAUGUUCUACACCGUGGAGGCCGAGAUCGCCGAAUAAAAGGAUGCGGGUUGGAUUUCGAAGUCGCUUUCGUCCUGACGACUCUAGGCUAUGUUCUCUCCCUGCUGGCGCGGACAAAGAUCCUCAAGACGCUUUAUGCAAACACGACGCCGACAGUGGAACAAAAGACUGCCGCCGCGCAAGGUGCGAUGAAGAACCUAAUUGCGGUGAGCAGCGUCCAUACAUUCCUCGCUUCUUCAGGCUUGAACAGCGCCGAGGUAGGCAACGGCCAAGUACCGGAUUUGGAUCCGUCGACGCAGUCGGCUUUAUCUUCCCUGGCCAUGGCCGAGGCUACUCUGCUCGCCGUCGUGAAGGAUGACGCCUAUCUAUCGACGUGUAUUCAGGCGCGGAAUAAGCACGACACGGAGUGGAUGAUCAAGGCUCCGGAUAUACCGAAAGUGCGGACACUCCUGUUCGCUCGGCUCUGUAUCCGGGCGGCGGAAUAUGCGGAGCAGGCUGCUGCGAGCGCUGGCGCGGUGAAAAGUUGUGGGUCAACUUCGCCCGAGUCAGUGCGUGCGGACAGGAGGAAGCUAGAUGAAGAUCUCAUCAACUACAUGCGUGUCCUGGGGCGAGUGGCAAGGGCUAAGGCAUGUCGAUUUUUUGGGAUUGACGCUGAAAUGACUGGUAAAGUCGGAGAAGGAAUUGCUUGGUUAAGGGCUGGCAAGUCAGCAUUGGGGAUCAAGGGGUCCCUGGAAGGUGAUGAGGAAGUAUCCGGGUCAAAAGGUAAGGGAAGAAUUGGAUUUUCACGGCUGAAAACACAGUGGAGUGAAAGGAGAGAGGAGAGGAAACUAGAAGAGACUACGUCGACCAAAAAGGGCGAGCCACUCGGAGAACUUGAUUGGGGGGAUGAUGCCGGUAAGGAAGAGGAAGAAAGGGUCCUCGAAAUGUUGGAAACUAAAUGGACCAGAAUGAACAACACUAUUAAUACGCAAGCAAUCCCGUCAUCCGCAUCAUAUUUAUCGAACUUACCUUCCGGGAGGGAUAUCCAUCCGCCUCCCGGUCCAUACAUACCUCCUCUAUUGGAUUCUGAACAUCUCGCGCACAUGCGUGCUCCCCCGGAAAGCCCUGAGCCGGUAGACAUUGCUGAAAGUAGUGAGGAAGAAGGCGACAUUGCAUCCUCCAGGAGAAGUGGUGGAUACUUUUAG